AUGAAUCGAAGUUGCCUUUCUCCAGCAUCACGAAUCUGUAUUGCUGCCGAUGUACAUCGACAUAGCACCAGCGACGAUGAUAGCGGAUGUGUUCUUGAAGAAUAUGCUUGGGUACCAAGCGGUGUUAAACCUGACACGGUUCAUAUGUAUUUUGCUUGUCUACCGGAAGAUAAGAUUCCCUAUGUUAAUUCGGUUGGCGAAAAAUAUCGUGCACGACAGCUGCAAUACCAAUUACCUCCACAGGAUUCAGAUCCCCGAUAUUGUGGGAAGUUAACGGAUACCGAAGAAAAGGAAUUGGAACAAUUUGAACAGGCCAGAAAAAAGGAUUGUCUUGGACGUGGGGUAAUCAAACAGUUACCGUACGAUAACAAACGACGACAUUGUCAUCAGAUUAAUUUAAUGUCGUUGGAAAAACGAUAA